AAUAUAUUGCUUGGAAUAAUAAAACAAGGCAUGAAAUCUUUAUGUUUGCCAAGGGGGGUAGACUGAUCACUCUGAAGUUAUCUCUAUUUAGACGGUGCACGCAGUAAAAAUGUGACCCUGGCCGGUGGCAUUAGCCUGCAGUGAGUCACGAUACAAAGUAUCACGUUGUUUACUGCAGUAUUGGGGGGAAAAUUGAUACAGUUUUAAUUUACAUGGGAUACUGGUUACAGUGGGAUGUAUAGUUACACAUUGGGAUUGUUACAACCAGACUACGUGAAGCAACGAAUUGAACUCUCUGCAACCUUGGUGGUUAGAGUUCAGCUUUUUUUUUUAAGAUGCGCGACUUUCCACCCUCAAGCAACUUGAAGGCUGGCCGCUGCACUGACACCCAAGAGCUGGUACACUUAUCGAUCUGAACGAAGCUGAGCGGCUGCUGGAGAACAGUUGACACGAUGUUGGCAGACUGAGUGUGCUCUGCGCCCGGACACAAGCCAGAGGCCAGUUCUUAUUCCAGAUGUGUUCCGCCUGACGUCAGGAAAGGGAUUUACCUUUCCGUUUUCCCAAUCGGGGGAGGGGGAGUGGGGGAACCCGCCAGCAGGAACAGGAGCUGGGGUUUCGGUAUAAAGGCAGCCGGGGUACAGGGAGGGGGAAGAGGUUGGCUCUCACUUGGGGGAAGGGAGGAGCGGCGUUUCCCUGAAGCGAGCCGGUGAGAGAGAGAAGCUGGCAGGGCUGGGGGAAUCCAUUCGGAACAAACACAGACAACAUCAACAAGCCGUGGGUGGCGAAAGAAGGACGGAAUUGAAAAAAGCUCCGGACGGAGAAGGGGACUGAGAGUAGCCCCCAAUGUUGUCUCGCUCCUUCACCCCGUGCAAUGGGGAUGAAUAAAGUCAAAAUGCAGAAAGCAGCGGCUUCCCAGCCCCUGGCACUCUCCCUCGUUGGAGCAGGAUCGCGAGUGAAGUGAACAGACUCCUGUGUGAGCCAGAGAGAGAGAGAGGAGGCAGGGCUCCUGCUUUUCACUGCUGGGAGUGGCGAGUGAGGACGAUCCGGGGUGGGACUGGGAGGGGAAGGGGGUGUAUUUAUUUUUUUUUGGUGGUUUGGGUGUCAAGACAGGGAAAGGGGGAGGAACAGGAGUGGCCGGGCAGCCCGAGACCAUGCGCUGUCGCCUCCCGCAGCAGCCCCGGGAAAAGUGCGUGGAGAAGAGGCGGCGAGGGGCAGCCGGCGGGGAACGGCGUCCGCCUGUUCAUCAGGCGGAGUGUGGGGCGGAGAUGGAGCGGGCCCGCUGCUCUCAACUGAAGUGAAGACCAGCGUCUCCUCGGGCCACAGCAAUCACCUGCUUCUUUUACUCAGUGACCCAGGAAGGAGGGGUUGAGGAGGUCCGGCUGGCCAGUCUCUCUCUCUCUCUCACACACACACAUAAAGUGAACCGUCAAAGCAGCGGCUGAAUGGAGCGAGCGGAUCCGGGCAGCGAGACCCUGGCACCACAGUGAAGGCCAUACCUCUCGGUGCCAGAGGGGUCUGUGUGUGUGUGUGUGUGUGUGAGUUCCAGCGGGGCACCCUCCUUUCUCCAUGGUACCUUGUCGGGGAGGCUAACGCUGCUGCCUGCGAUUCUCAGCAUGCAGCUCCUGAAAGCGGUAUGGGCUUUGGCUGGAGCCGCCGUCUGCUCUGUCCUCAUCUUCGUGAUCCAUUCACACCUCCUGAAAGAAGGUCAGCUUGCUGCUGGUACUUGUGAGAUAGUUACACUGGAUAAAGAUAGUAGUCAACCGCGAAGGACUAUAGCCAGACAAACUGCAAGGUGUGCGUGUAAAAAAGGGCAGAUUGCUGGCACAACGAGAGCAAAGCCGGCCUGUGUGGAUGCACGGAUUGUAAAGACUAGACAAUGGUGUGAAAUGCUUCCGUGUUUGGAAGGAGAAGGUUGCAAUUUGUUAAUGAAUAAAUCAGGCUGGACCUGCACACAGCCAGGUGGGCGAAUAAAGACAACUACGCAGUUGCUGCUCAACAUGGAGACAGGAGGGAGGGUUGAACAAGGUGACCAACACCCACAACCAGUAAUGUCAUCACAGGAAAACAGAAGAGCAUUCACUCACUCCUUCAGCCUGUUCUUCCUCUGAGCGCAACCUCCAAAUAUUUAACUCAAGAAGCCAUUAUAAUUGCUAAAUUCUGAUCUCAAAUAUUCAAACCUCUUAACUUCAGAAAGAGAAUCUUCAAAACAAGUAACAGGCCAGCAAUGUUCUUAGAGGCUGAUUGUACUUUUUAUCUUUAUAAUUAUUAUUUAUCCUUACUGACU